AAGCAUGGGGAUCUACCAAGCAGGCACGAACGGGGGACGCGACCGGUACCGGCGCCGCGCUCAGUUUAAUCCCAGCUGGCGGAACCGAGCGCUUUUCGCUCCUCAUCUGCUCCUCGUCGUUAUAAGUUCAACGAGAGACGCCGCACAGCACAGUACACGGUUAUUUCCAUAAUAACCCCCGUACAAUGGUGUUUCCCAGAGAUGGCUGUAUAUGUUUUUAUAUGUGUGGCUAUCUAAUAGACACAGCAGAACGGUUUCUGAAAGAGAAGGAUCGAGACGAUUUGUAAUAGCCUUGAGAAUAAAUAUUGAUAAUAUAGUCGUGUUUCGGUAUGAAGUACAGUAAUCGGAUUACUCAGUGCGGUAAUUCUAUCUUUGAAAGCGUAGGUUUCAUGACGAUAGUUGGGUCGGGUGGUCGUUGUGGGCGCAAAGCCACAAUAAUAUUUUCAAGGUUUGAUAAAUCAUAUUUAUCAAGCUGUUAUUAUCAACUGAUCCUUCCAUGUCAGGACAUGUAUUUAUCGCUGUGGAUAUAGUCGCUUGUUUAAUUGGCAUAAUUGACGGAAAUGUGUAUGUUCGCCAUUCAAAAGAAACAGGAGCGUGUUUCCUUUACGUUUAUGAAUGAACAAAAAAGUUAACCAAAUUGCAGUGUUUUACGUUUUAUGAAAAGAAAUCUCAGCGGAAGGAGAGUUCACAGAAACGUGUCUGGGGGAACUUGUGCGCGAGACUGUGGAGUUGACAGGCAUUUAGGGUGGCAUUCUUGAUAAACUGGGUUAAUCACCCGUAAUAAACGGUGCAUCCGGUUUGCAAGUAGCUAGAUUAUGGGACAGAUGGUGAAAUAAAAGGUCACUAAGCUCGAAAGCCAUUUCCAGAUGGGUUUGCUCUACUGUCUUGAAUGCGGUAGUUAGGCACUGAGAGCCUUUUUAUAAUACGGAUUGUAUAUAUUAUUUAAUGGUCUUAUAGCGACACCCAGUGGAUGAAUGUACAACGACUUUCAUUUAACAAAGCCGCGUUACUUAUCAGUAAGGCGUUCUUUAUAUAGAAAUAAAGAUGUUUUAUUUUGUGUUAGCUUUUUACUGCUGUUUCACGCGUAACGAGAAUGCACGAAAUGGGGGAUACGAUUCCUUUUUUUGUGGCUAGCCGGUCGGACUGUUUCUAAAUUUGCCAUAGGCCAAUAUACGUUUAAGUGUUACUAGAUGUUAGGUGACAUUAAAAUACAUUGUAAGCUAUUGCAGGUUUACAGUGUCGUUACAUCGCUACGCAGUACAGAGUUUGAAAUGCAGCGCGUAAAAAUACAUUUUAAAUAUAUAUUUUUUUUUUUUGUAAAAGUCGACGAUGAUGAUGAUGAUAGAAAAUGGUGAUAAUGAUGAGAUGAAUGAACAUGGACCAGUGCUCUCAAACAGGAGCUGUACUUAACAUAACUCAUGGACAAUUCUGCUGCUAAAGACUUGUUGUGAUUAUGAAAAUAUAGGCCUAAUAUCUCAGCAGUAAUAGCAAUUCAGAUCAGUACAUGCAGCCAGCUGACAUCAAGCGGGUCAUACUCUUAAGUUCAAGAGUUUAUUAAUCGUUCACACAGUUAAGUAGGUACAACGCGCAGUGAUCUGAAAAUGUUCCUAUUGCAUUUUUUCUUCUUUACAUUUUGGUAUUUAUGGCUGCCGCACACCGGUUUAAAAAAGCGGACACGUGCAAAUCAGUAAUUUUCCAAAAAAACUGAACUGUGAAAAACCCAGGAUGAUUUUCUGAAGCGAUAUACAUCUUGCUUUUUUAUCUUGCUGAUCUGUGAUUGUUUCUUUUAAAUGAGUCAGGUAACAAAUUUAUGCGAUUCCUUUUGGCAAAGAUGACAGAGAUAAGUACAGAAAAAUGAAAAGUAAUUUGAAAAGACAGACAUACUGGAAUGUUUUAUCUGGUGCUACUAAGCUUGAAUUCAGUGGAAUUAUUUAUAAAAAGCAAGUCUGAGCAUUUGUGAUAUUAGCAAAUGGACACCGUUUUACAAACACAAAAAUCUGAUGUGAGACAACUGAUUAUCUCAAUUGAUAAUCGUUUGGUUACCUUCAGUAGAUCUCCACGGUUUUUUUUUUUUGAUAAUCUUCUCUGAAAAAACACCUUGCGGGAAGACCUUUCAGACUUUCAGUUUUACUCUGCCCUGCGUUACGAUGUUGUGAACUUUAGCUUUAAAUGCCAGUUCGCCCAAUUCCUGUAUUCAUAGUUCUCAGACAAUGACAUGUCAAAGUCCCCUUGUACUUUUGUUUGUUUACAUUAAUAUUCAUACAAAAAGACAGAUUGCAUUUAUCUGUUGUGACGUAUAGGCAUCAUUAUUGUACCAUCGCGCAAGGCAAUGUCACGCAACAUAUAACAUCCCACAAAGGAUGCUGCGACCGUUUGAGGGCUGUAUUGUCAUGUCCCAACUGACUUAUCUAAAUAUCUGAAACGCAUUUUCAGCAAUCCAGAUGUCCUUUCAAUUACAGUACGUGCUUAAUUCUGAUAAUGAACUCCAAAUCUUUUUUAAUGAUACAGUUUGUACUUUACUUAAUAUACUUUUUCUUUUGGUGGUUCAUUAAGCAGUAUGAUUACGUGAAAGGACCGAAGCACUCUAUAAAAAACAUAUUUAACUGAAAUAAAAGAAAAUGACACAAAAACCAUUUGUGCAUUUCGAGCGCAUACCUGCGACUAGCGUCCUGCACCCGCACGUUUCUAAAACGCGCCGCUUUAAUACCGUUUAAUAAUGCAACUGACUUUACACUGGGUGUUUGUUGAUCAAAAGCCCAAUGAGGUUGCGCUUUAUUAAAACAGCAACUCGCCGACAACGCGCCUGGCUACGCCUCAAAAUACCACUCUUACGAGCAUGGGUUGAAAAUGAGCAAUGCGCUGGUACGAAACUAGCAAAACUACGCUUUGCGCAGGUGGGAAUAUAGAGACAUCAGACAAUGAGAAGCGAAAUCGUCUGGUUUAAUGAAAGAUUUAACUGUUUAGCCACAGUUCCCAAUGGAAUGUUUGGCAGAAACUAGGCACUAAGCACCACCUCGCUGAUAUAAUCUGUACAGUCAAACACUGUGGUGGCAGCAUCAUGCUGUGGGGAUGUUAUUCUGUGACAGCAACUGGGAGACUAGAUGUGGAAAAAUAUAGAGCAUUCCUCAAUGAAAACCUUGUGAAAGUUCCGGAGGGGCCCAGCCAGGGUCCGGAUCUGAACUCAAUAGAGCAUCGCUGGAGAAACCUGAAAAUGGCUGUGCAGCGAUACUCCAAGUUCAGCCUGGUUGAGAUUGAACGAUUCUGUCAGGAUGAAUGGGAGACACUUCCAAAAAUAAGGGAAUCCUUGGGUUUGACUUUGUGUUGAAUGAGCGGUUGUUAGAGUCCUGAAUGAGGCUCAUCACCUGCAUUAUGAGGGAGCGUCAGUUACGGCACUACGGCCAUGUGGUGGAGCGCCGCGGAGACGGUUUCGGAUACCGCGGUGAAGAUGCAAAAACCUUCACAGAGCGCAGGCAGAGGAGGAAUCAGAAGCUUGGCGUUCUUUGUCUGAACGUCUGAUUAGCGCCCACUCAGAGGAUCCGCAAUGGCGCCGGGGACAACGCUCCCAGUGGACAUCCCCACAAAUCACACAUGUGAUAUCGAUGACCGCUUCCUGUACCUGGUUGUGCCUGUGGGGUACUCUGUCAUCUUUAUCCUGGGAUUGUUGAGCAAUUUGGUGGCCCUGUGCAUAUUCUUCCUGAAAAGCUCGACCUUGUCCAUCACGGUGUACAUGAAGAAUCUGGUCAUAGCCGACCUACUGCUGGUCCUGUGCUUGCCUAUUCGAAUCUACUACCACAACAAGGAGGGGCCCUUCUUCCUCUGCAGGAUGGUGGGAAUCUCUUUCUACGUCUCCAUGUAUGCCAGCAUCGUCUUCCUAAGCCUCAUUAGCCUGGACCGCUACCUGAAGAUCAUAAAGCCUGUGCAGGUCUUCAGAAUCCAUCGAGCAGAGUGGAGCCGCAAGACUGCCUGCAUCGUCUGGGCCGUCUUUGCUUGCAGCACCUUCCUCCUCCUGCUGUGCGAGAAAGGGACCGAGCCUUGCGACAAAAUAUGCUUCCACUUCCAUAGGAAGCGGCCAGCAGGUGGCGCCAUCAACCUGGUGGUGGUGGCGCUGUUUUUUAUUCUGUUCCUGGUCUUCGUGUGCUUCUAUGGGACAAUCGGUGCGAAGCUGAGCACCAUGACCCUUGGGGGCAGCGAUCUGCAGGCCAGGAGCCGGAAGAAGAAGAUAGUAGUGAGGACCUAUGUGGUGCCGGCCAUCUUCACGCUCUGCUUCUUCCCGUACCACGUGGUCCGGGUUCCCUACAUCCUCUCCCAGAUGGAUGUCAUCAUGGAUGUCAGUAUCCAGCAGCAGCUGCAUAUGGCCAACGAGCUGAUGCUCAUUCUUUCCGCCGUGAAUAGCUGCCUGGACCCAGUCAUCUACUUUUUCCUGUGCAGCGCCUUCCGGAAAACGGUCCGCUGUGCCGUCCAGGGGAGGUGCAAGCUUUCCAUGAAUGAGAGAGCGGUCAGUUUUAACCGGUCAGCCAACGAGUUUUAAAGAUGGCUGGCGCCCCCCCGACUGGCUCAGCAUGAAGUCACUUUAUACUGUGGUUUUGUUUUAAACAUAUUUAUUUGAUAUGCAAAUGUGUCCAGCCAUCACCAGUUAGCCGACGCAGAGAUGUAGCCCAAUAUUUAAAUAUGAUAUUGAUAUAAUGUUAAAUGUUAGGUUAUUAUAUUUGAGCAAUAAAUGGUUAUUAUACAUGUAUUAUAUAAUAUAUUUAUAUGUGUCCUAGUUUCUAUUGCUUUGCAUGUUUUAAGUUUGCAUUACAGAUCUCAUGUCCCUAUCAAGAUUACUUGCAAAGUCAUCUGCUUCAUCUGAUCAGGCUUAUUCAGAAACUGUUUUUUUUUUUUUUUUUUUG